CGAGCGACAGGCUGCCGCGCGUUGUACGCGCGCGCCGCCCCUAGCCACUCCGCGCACCCCGGGCUGCUCGCAAAGUGCAGCGCCGCCCCUGUGGGCCCGGAAGUGGGAGUUGCCCGCGUGGAAAAUAGCCCAGAACACGCUGAGCACGGCCUUCAGCUUGGGGCUGCCUCAAAUGCUGCCGCGACGCGCCGCCGGCUUCCUUCGCCUUGACCUUUACCUUUUGCCCCUCUACCCCGCGGUGACGGUGCGGCGCGGCAUGCCGGGCAAGUAGGCGAUCCAUCCUGGGCGUCCUCGCAAUUCAACGGGUCGACGGGCCUUCCUGGCGAUGUCGACUCACCCCAGCAAUUCAAGCUGCUUCCGAUGACUACACCCCGGGUCUUCCGUCGGCGCAAUGUCGCAAACGCGAGGGUGUUUUUCGCGACUCCCCCGCGGGCGCGGCGGCGGGCCGGCGGCAGGCCGCGGGCAACUCGUCGGCGGCGGCACUCGGGCACGACUCCACGGAGCGGCGGUGCAGCGGGACCCUGCAUACCUUGACUAGCUCUGGGUCGGGUCUCAAGCAAAGCGCCUUCGCGUCCGCGUUCGGCAGAUCAAGGUUGUGUGGCGGCGGUUCCCUUUUUUUUUCCCGCACAUCGCUGCACGACCUCUGCGACGAGUCCCCUGGGGCGGGGAGGGGUCCCGCAAGACCGCGCGCAAAACCCGUCGGUUAAGCUGAGGCUAGGCUAGAGGCAAAACAGGUUUUUGCUGCACCAGGGGAGCUGUAGGUGCGCAAAAACGCCGUAGUGGUAACAUUUUGACAACUGUGCUUGUGUGCUGCAGCGCCAAAAGCAUUGCUGGCAAGUUCAGUGCAGCCUGCACCCUGCUGCACUUGCAGCAGCCUCAUUUUUGCAGCAAUGCGGCGAGGCAAGGGCGGCAUUGCUCUAAAGCAUGCAAUAAAACGCACGGCACUACUCCUCGCACUCGCACGGACCAGCAGUCUUGUCCCCGAGGGCGGCAUCCUCCGGGGACGUGUGCACGUCGUGCUGGAAGGAGACGAAACGCCGCCCCCCGGCGACGCCGUCCAGGUGGUCCUGGGCACGAGCGAGACGGCCGCGGGCGGCUGGGGCGACGGCGCUCACCCGUCGACGGCGCUGUGCCUGGAGUGGCUCUCCGAGCGGGGCUUUAAAGAGGACGAGACGUUCCUCGACUACGGCUGCGGCAGCGGCGUCCUGGCCAUCGCGGCGCGGAAGCUCGGGUGUCGCGAAGCGGUGGGCGUCGACGUCGAGUACGAGGCGCUCGAGUCCGCCGCCGAGAACGCCGAAAGGAACGGUAUUGUUGACGGCGUCGACUGGGUCCACGGCCGUUCUGUGAUACCGGGCAUGGACGAGUACGACGCCGUCGUGGCGAACAUCCUGGUAUUUCGCGGCGCUUCUCGAAUCAUGACCUGCACGCCAUCGACGCGACGGCUGCUCGACGGCAUGUGCACCCGACUCACCGGUUGAUUUGCGCACAGGUCGGCCAGCUCUCCCGGCCGUCCAUGGUCGCGACGCUCGCGCUCGGCACGAAGGUCGGCGGCGCGCUGUGCCUGUCCGGUAUUAGACCGGACCAGUGCGCCGUGCUCGAGCGGCUCUACGCGCCCUGUACCGCCCGGCGUCUCGCGGUGCCUUCGCGACCCGCGACGCCAUCGCCGCGACGCAGUCGUGCCUCACCGGUCGACGUCCGCGCAGACUACGACGUCGCCGAGAAGACCUUCCGCGACCCGGAUGAUUUUGGAAAGGAGUACUGGGGC